GUUAUAUAUGUAUAUAUGUAUGUAUGUAUGUGUUCGACUUGAUAUUGAAACAUAAAAAUUACAAUUAAAUUAUUUGUUAAGGUUUUGUAGUACAUUUGUGUUUUUAAACUUGCAAUAGGUAUUUGAUGAUCACAGAUUUUCCUUGAGCAUAGGAUGCUUUCAAAAUACGGUCGUUUAACAGUUCUAAGAAACAGGGCUGUCUGUAGAUGAAGAGUGGCUCUACUUUGCCUUACAGGAGGAUACAAACGUAAAAAAUACGCUUUAGUGCCUUUCGUGGAUCACAGAUUGCUGGAUAUGAAAAAGCGUUGACGGCAGCGGAGGUGGCGGGCGGUCGCCAGCGCCAAUACCAACUCUCGAAACACGAAACGUAGGUACCGAAGGUGCCUGUAAUAGAACGGCAGAGCAAGCGAGGUCUCCGUUCGUGGUGGACCUGCACAGAACCACAGCGCGGAGAAAGGAAAGUUCGUAAUUACGCAGUGCUUGCAACAUCAGAGGCCUAGCAACACACAGACAUGAAGAUCCUACCCCUAUUUGUUUUGAUAGCUUGCGUAGCGUGGUCAGCGUGUGCACAAGAAGAGGGGGAGGCUCGUCCGGCACAACGGGGCCUCCUGAAACGAGGCCUGCUCACCAAAGGGAAACCGACCACAACAACCACAACAUCUGCGCCACAGGAAUACGCAGAGUAUGAAGACGAAGGUGAUUAUCCUGCCGAUGGUGAGGCCGCAGAGCCCUCUACCGAAGCAGCGCCUCCGUCUUCCACCGAAGGCAAGAAACUUAUAGCCGGUGGAGUAAGACCGUUCAGGAGUAACAAUGAUUUACUGGAAAUCCUAAAGAAAAAGCGGGCACAAGCUGCUGAAGCCAAAUCUCGCGGUUCAACAGUAACAGAACCCGCGGCUCCUUCCGAUGCUGGUGGCGACGCUGCCAAAUCGAAUUACAGUGGUAAGAAACGUGCCAACACACCAGCCGUUGCCGGCGAAGAUACUCCUGCCCCCGCACCGAAACCUUCCAGAGGAAGAUUCAACAGACCAUCAUCAAGAGCCGUGGAACCUGAAGCCGAAGAACAGAACGAGUCCGUUCAACCAGCACGGUCCAACAGGUUCUCCCGACGAGGAAACUAUUAAAAAUGAUAUAACUCUCUAACCACCCCCAUUUCACCUCAUAACAUUCAUUCCAUCACCAAUAAGCCAUUACUGAUCUGUGACUGUAAUCACAGGACAUUUCAAAAUUAUCACACUAAUGGGAAGCUUAAAAAGGUUGUUUCUGUUUGUGAUUAUCAGUGAACAUAAAAAAAAAAACAAUAAAUAGUUAUAUGAUCUACUUUAUCUAGACAAAUAAGCAAGGUUUGUACACUUUGUAAAUUAUGUGUAAGUAUUUUUUAAAUAAAACAAACGAUAUUUUU